ACUCAGUACUCGUUCGGAUCUUUGACAAACUGGACGUGUCCCUCAGAAGCGCGACUAGAUUAUUAUUACUUCUACUACUACUGCUACUACUACUCAUUGAAGUGUGUCGUUAUUAGAUUGUUUGCUAAAUCUCAAUUAACACGUCUCCCAUCUCUAAGCUAAAUCUCAAGUGCAAUGUGGUGUGCAUCAGUUCAGAUCCAGUGAAUUCCCUUUUAACGAUUGUCCUCACUGACACCAAGAAGAGCCCAAAGCGAUCUUCAUGAUGUCCGCCCUGGAAAACCCUGCCUCUAUGGUCUCAGCUUGGCAUGAUCCUUGGAAUCCGGCCUCCAAUGGGGGAUCCGUUUUACCACCUAUGCACCAUGUGCAUAACAUGGACUUCUACGCCCAUACCAGUCUCCACCAAGCCACACCCCCACCUCUCAUUCACAAGGAUAGCUUGUCGGGGAGCAACCCUAGCUCCUUGAUGAACACCUCUUCGGACUCCAGUAACGCCUCAACAUCAGGCGGAUCUGCCGGAAACGGCUCUUCGUGCCAACAAACGAACAAGAACAAUAACGUUCGAUCCGGUACCAAAGGCCGAGUAAACUUUAAGUUGGAAAUCAAACAUGAGCCUGAAGAAGGCAGUGUAGUCAAUGGGAUGCAAAAAGUGCCCUCCAUUAGUGAUCUCUCUGACCAGGAAUCCAGCAUAGACAUGCCACAACAGGUCCCUCCACUCACCCCCAGUACAAACAAAAAGGUGAAUGAGGUGCUCAAGACAACGUACGCGUCUUGGGACAAGGAUUCAGAGCGGUUAGCUGUCCCUCGAGAUCCCAAGAUGUGGAGCAAGGACCAUGUGGGACAUUGGCUCUCGUGGGCAAUCCGAGAAUUCUCCCUAGCAGGUCCGAACUCAUCGCAUUUUGCUCAGCAAUUCCAAAUGACCGGCCGCGAGGUGUGCUCUCUCUCCAAGGAGGAGUUCUUGGCUCGAGCCCCGCCAUUCAUGGGUGAUAUUCUGUGGGCUCACCUCGAGAUCUUGCAAAAAGACGUGGAGAAGGAUCGGGAGAACAUUGAAAACGUCCCAUCGAACUUCUCCGAGGCAUACACUGUCCCCACCUCCACCACCAGUGAAAAUGGCAACUAUGCAUCCCAACAGCAGCAGCAACAACAACAACAACAACAACAGCAACAUUCACAGCAACAACAUCAACAACAGCAACAUCAUCAACAACAGCAACAACAAAUGAAUCAACAACAACACCACAACAAUAUGGUACAAGCUCAACAGCAGCAACAACAACAGCAGCAACAGCAACAACAUCACCAGAGGACCUAUACUCAAUUGGAAAGCCCGCCCCAACCACAACACCAAGUCCAUCCUCAGUCCGUAGUCAACCCCUCGUCAACUAGUGCAAUGUCAAUCAACGGCAACCGUCUUCUCUACACUAGCAAUUCGCCUCCGUGUGCUCCGUCCCAUCAUCAAAGAACAAUGCCACCCAGCUCAGGUUACGCCGUGGACCCCAAUUUUAUUCCUUACAACGGGUCCACGGCUGGAUCUACCGUGGACACGAGCAGUGAAUAUAGUUACCAUGGUGGUAUGGACAGUGGCGUGCACAAGUACAGUAGCCAGCCCAUGGUUGGUGGUCGAGUCCCGUCCUACCACGGUGGCUAUGGCGACCAAUUCAGUGAUUGGAAUUCAGUGAAUGUGACUGGAUACCCACCGAUCUCAUCCCAGCAUGACUCUUGGCACCAGCCUCCGGAUUUCCAUCCCGCCGUUUCGUCCGUGGGCAUUCCGGGGAUGCACCAUCACCCAGCUUUUCUACAGAGCACUACAGCCCGAGAGCCGACUCCACCUGGCAUUCCCCAACCUCAAAUCACGUCUCUCUCUGGAAACGGGGAUGUCAUUAGUCAAAAACCUCUCAUCCCGGCUGCCAUGCUCACCUCCUACGGUGCCAAUCCCUCGGGUGGACCGUCCGGACCGUGUUUCACCGGAUCCGGACCCAUCCAACUGUGGCAGUUCCUCUUGGAGCUCCUCACCGACAAAAACUGUCAGCAUUUCAUAUCUUGGACCGGCGAUGGCUGGGAGUUCAAGAUGACCGAUCCCGAUGAGGUGGCUCGUCGAUGGGGAAUCCGGAAAAACAAGCCAAAGAUGAACUACGAGAAGCUCUCUCGCGGGUUGAGGUAUUACUACGACAAGAACAUCAUUUUAAAAACAGCCGGUAAACGCUACGUCUACCGCUUUGUCUGUGAUCUACAAGGGCUUCUGGGCUACAGCCCCGAGGAAAUCCACCAGAUGGUUGACCUCAAAAUGGAAAAGAAAGAGGAAGACUAAAGAACAGCGGAACCCACACUCACUCACUCUCACACACACACACACACCCAAACACCCGAAAUCGGCUGUUUAUUCAUCCCGAGUCAACCUCCUUGGCUCCUUGGCUCCUCAGCCCUUCAUUGUUUUGAUUGUUGACUGCUGACCUCGCUACAAACAAGAGCGGAGAAACGGCCCAAGAAGAAGACAUCGUCGUCGUUGUUGUCGUCGGUCAGAAUCUCGCUUCCCGCUCGUAUCAUGGAUCUCAAGUAACUCGCUUUUUUGUGCGACGAAAGCCGUUCUAGCGCAACAGUAACUCCUCGAACCGAAUCUGCAGCAGCAGCAACAAUUAUCAUUUUUAUUAUUAGUCCAUUGAUUGACUAUUUUUGUCGAGUACAGAGAGUACACAAACUUGAGACUUGUUCUUGUCGCGACGUCGUACCUGGUGUUAAACAGAGUAAAAGUUUGUUCGUAAAUGUGUGAGCGUAUGUGCAUUUGAAAGCGAAUUACCCAUGGCAUUCCGGGUCACUUCAGAGUACCCUCGAACCCCCGAACCCCCCCAAAAACCGAUCGAUUCCACGUGAGAAAAAACCAACAAACAAAGUUAUUCAAAAGACUGUGAUGACAUCCCCAAACUAUUGGCAAUUUGACGUAAACCUGCAUUUUUAGAUCUUAGAACAGCCCUGCAUCCGACAGCUAAACACGUUUCAUGGUAUAAGAAGUAAUAAUAGUAGUCACAAUGCUGAUGAUGUUGCUGAUGAUGAUAAGUCAACCACCCAUUGUUUUGCUAUUGUGAUGAAGAAGCAUAUCCCUCCUACUAACCGCUGAUUUUCCCUCUUCUCGAUAUUCCUGUAGUAGUUAACUAUUUCUCUGUCCUUCCCAAAAUUCAUCUUUUUUUCCCUUCGUUUUCUCAAGAACACAAGUUCUUGAAUUUGCAGCGCAUACCAAAUCUACUAGUUUUGUACAUAGCGACAGUGAUGAUCAUCAAUAUUCUGGUUGCCAUCCAUUCUCAUUCAAUUGUUUGGGCAUUUUCUAUCAAAACACAACCUAUCCUCCAACCACGGACGACAUCACUCAAGUAAACCAUAUGCAAAAGAACCUUCUUGUUUAUUAUUAGUGGCUGUUAUAUGACACAAAAUCAUCCAGAUCUAUCUUGAAAAUAAAUCUCUAUUUGUGACCAAACUUUCCGGGA